UCUAAUCAAGCAUCAUCUUUACUCAUUUUAUAGACUGAAACAUCUUUUACAAUUCCAAUUUCUCACACAUUUGUCUUUCUCCUUUGUUUCUAUUCUCCAACAGUAAUAGACAAAAUCUUCUCUGAUCUUCCAACUUACACACAAUCUUUCAACUCCAUGAAACUUCAAUAAAUGUUCAUCAGACUCACUUUCUUUUUGUAUCACUCUAUAUCAGAAAGACUAUCAAAAGUGUUCUUUCUUUCUGUUCCUUUCUGUUCUCAACUUCUGAAUCAAAAUCAACCACAUAUUUUCAGUCCUUAAAGCCAUAUUGUUUUUCUGUUUGCUCCCAAUUCUGUUUACAUCUUUUUGUGUGUUGUCAUGUGCUCAGAAACAACUCCACCUCGUCUCUCUUUCUCUCAUGAUCUCUCCGAACUACAAGUUUCUCCGAUGAAACAAGAUGUUACAUUGUUGCAUGACUCAAAUUCUGAUUUUGAGUUCAACACUUGCAGCAGCAGCCUCGCGUUUGAAUCAUCUUCUGCAGAUGAACUUUUCUCUAAUGGGGUGAUCCUUCCAAUUCAGAUGCAACACAAAACCACUGCAAGAAAGCUCACUCAUCAUUUGGAACAUCCUCACACAACAAACACGACAAACACAACAAACACAACAAAACUCCCUCCUCGUCCGUGUGCCUCGAGUGUCGACAAAGUGAAGAAAGAAACCAUUAGAGAACUCCUAGAUGUGACUCCUGAUUAUGAGAAGAAGCCUCAUUCGAAGUCUUUCUGGGGAUUCAACAGAAGUAAGAGUCUGAAUCGUGAUACAAAGAAGAACUUGACAUGCUCUAUAUCUCUUUUGUCAAGAAGCAAUUCAACAGGUUCAGUGACAAAUCCAAAGAGAGUGAGUUCAAACAAGCAUUCUUCAGCAGCUAAAUCAUCAUCAUCAUAUUCAUAUUCUUCCUUAAAUAUGCAUCCUUUGCAGAAAUCUCCUUCAGGUAAGGGUUAUGGAGGGUAUUAUCCCAACGGGCUUAGGAUUAAUCCUGUGUUGAACGUACCAACUCCUUGUGUUACAAAGGGAAGUGCAAAUCUCUUCAGUUUGGGUUCAUUUUUACGCGUUGGGAAGGUUAAGAAGAGCAAGAAAUGAAUUUCUCUUGUCUUUUCAUCAUCA